UUCCAGGUUCGUGCUGAACUCGCCGAUGUGGCCGCUAAUCAUUCACAGGAAAGACAAGAUCUUGAGAAUUCAGUGACCGAAAUCAAUAAGGAGUUGAAGCUGAAAUUAUUGAUAGUGGAGAAUUUCAUCCCAUCCGACGUGAGAACUCGUAUUCGUGAACGAGCGUAUUGGGAUGACGAUGAGGAUUCGUGGAAGUUGCUGAAACCAGGUCAGAAUCGUCCAAAAAGUGCCACCUCAGAAGAUCUGUCGCAUUCGGCCGGUGCAGAUUCGGGCAUUGGCACUAUAGACGCCUCAACGAGUGCUGAGUCUAGUGCUAACGAUGUGCUCAACCAGCGACCUGUAAUCCAUUCAUCUCUGUGUCGCUCUUUUCGUUGUAUUUAA